AUGGAUUCUUCUUCCAAUUCUUCCAAAACGUCCAAAAUUUCAGAAAAAAGAAGCACCCGCAGAAUCAACACGGAGGACACCUCGUCUGGCCCCAAUGAUGGCUCUCUUGCAUAUCGUUUGACCAUUGCUCAGGUGCUUGACAAAUAUAAGACCCUGCGUGAUGGUCUUUCGCUGGCUAGAGCAAAGGAGAUUAUUGACUCUGUCGGUCCGAACUCGCUUGGUGACGAUGCCAAGAUCUCGUACUCCAAGAUCGUGGCUCAUCAGGUGUUCAACGCUAUGAUCUUGGUGUUGAUCAUUUCCAUGAUUAUAGCACUUGCAAUCCAAGAUUGGAUUUCUGGUGGAGUCAUUGGAUUCGUCGUCCUUAUCAAUAUUGGAGUUGGUUUUGUCCAGGAAGUCAAAGCUGAGAAAACGAUGGGCUCUUUGAGAUCCUUGAGUUCUCCCACCGCAAGAGUCACCAGAGAUGGCGACGAUCAGACCAUUCCUGCUCAGGAAGUGGUUCCUGGUGAUAUUGUCCACAUUAAGGUAGGUGACACCGUUCCUGCUGACCUUAGACUCAUAGAAAGCAUGAAUCUUGAAGCCGACGAGGCUCUUCUCACUGGUGAAUCUUUGCCUGUCCAAAAGGACGAAAAUGAAGUAUAUGCUGAUCCUACCGUUCCGAUUCCCGUUGGUGACCGUCUCAAUUUGGCAUACAGUUCGUCUGUUGUUUCCAAAGGUAGAGGAACAGGUGUCGCCAUUGGCACAGGCCUCGAUACCGAAAUCGGAAAGAUCGCUCUGUCUUUGAGAGGCAACAAUUCUCUCAUAAGAAAAGUUGAAAAGAGUGAAGACCAUUCUCCCAAGAAGCGUGAAUAUGCCCAUGCAUUUUUUGGUACCAUCAAGGACGUUGUGUGCAACAUUUUGGGUACCAAUACUGGUACACCUCUUCAGCGGAAGCUUUCGUGGCUCGCUAUCUUUUUAUUCUGGGUGGCUGUUGUGUUUGCUAUUGUGGUGAUGGGAUCCCAGAAGAUGCACGUCAACAAAGAAGUUGCGAUUUAUGCUAUUUGUGUGGCAUUAUCUAUGAUUCCUUCUGCAUUGAUUGUGGUCUUGACCAUUACCAUGGCUGUUGGAGCUCAGGUGAUGGUGAUGAAAAAUGUCAUUGUCAGAAAGCUCGACUCGUUGGAAGCCCUUGGAGGUGUCAAUGAUAUUUGUUCUGACAAAACUGGUACUUUGACUCAGGGAAAGAUGAUUGCCAAGAAGGUAUGGAUUCCAAACAUUGGAACUUACUCUGUUGAAAACUCGAAUGAAGCCUUCAAUCCCACCGUUGGAGACAUCACCUUUGCUGAUCGCAGUCCUUACUACGUUAAAGAGACCGAUGAAGAAAUUGACUUCACUCCAAACGUACCUGAAAUGCCCAGGAAUUACCGCAAUUGGCUCUACACUGCUUCCUUGGCCAACAUUGCUACCGUGAAUCAAUCCAAAGAUGAAGAAAGUGGAGAACUUGUGUGGAAAGCUCAUGGAGAUGCCACAGAAAUCGCCAUUCAAGUUUACGCUUCUAGAGCCAACUUUGGCAGAGAACAACUCGCUGAAAACUACGAGCACCUUGCCGAAUUUCCUUUCGAUUCUUCUAUCAAAAGAAUGUCGGCGGUUUACAAACAAAACGACACUCAGACCACCAGAGUUUACACCAAAGGUGCUGUAGAAAGAGUGUUGGCUUGUUGUACCCACUGGUUGGGCCAUAGUGAUGAAUCUGACAAGAACGAUUUUGAUAACCAAAAACCUGUUGAGUUGACAAAAUCCGAUAUUGAGUUUAUUGAGGAAAACAUGAAUGCUUUGUCUUCUCAAGGAUUGCGAGUAUUGGCAUUUGCAGUCAAUGAUAUCACUGGAGAAAACGUUGAUCUUUCUGAAAGAGAAAAUGUUGAAAAGAAUUUGACGUUCCAAGGUUUGAUUGGAAUUUAUGAUCCUCCACGUACCGAAACUGCCCACUCGGUCAAAUUGUGUCAUAAGGCAGGUGUCAAUGUUCAUAUGUUGACAGGUGAUCAUCCAGGAACUGCCAAGGCCAUUGCACAAGAAGUUGGUAUUAUUCCACGUAACUUGUACCACUACAGUGAAGAAGUGGUUAAAGCCAUGUGUAUGACUGCAAGUGAAUUCGAUGCUCUUAGUGAUGCGGAUAUCGACAACUUGCCAGUUCUUCCAUUGGUUAUUGCUCGUUGUGCUCCUCAAACCAAGGUUAGAAUGAUAGAAGCUCUUCACAGAAGAGAAAAGUUUGUUGCAAUGACAGGUGACGGUGUCAAUGAUUCUCCGUCAUUAAAAAAGGCUGAUGUUGGAAUCGCCAUGGGACUUAACGGAUCAGAUGUCGCUAAGGAUGCUUCUGAUAUUGUUUUGACCGAUGACAAUUUUGCUUCCAUCUUGAAUGCUAUUGAGGAGGGCAGAAGAAUGUCUGCAAACAUUCAGAAAUUUGUUUUGCAAUUGUUGGCGGAAAACGUUGCACAAGCGUUUUAUUUGAUGAUCGGUUUGGCCUUUAUGGACAAAUCUGGAUAUUCCGUCUUUCCGUUGUCUCCCGUCGAAGUGUUGUGGAUUUUGGUGGUCACUUCUUGUUUCCCAGCCAUGGGUUUGGGUCAAGAAAAGGCAUCGGAAGAUAUUCUUGACCAGCCUCCAAACAACACAAUUUUCACAUACGAGGUGAUUGGCGAUAUGGUGGCCUAUGGAUUCUGGAUGUCGUGUUGCUGUCUUCUUUGUUUCGUUGUUAUCGUGUUUGGCAAGGGUGAUGGAUACUUGGGAGAGAAUUGUAAUUCCACCAGUGCCGACAAGCAUGUCUGUGAGUUGGUCUUUAAGGGAAGAUCUGCUUCGUUUGCUAACAUGACUUGGUGUGCUUUGAUUUUGGCUUGGGAAUGUAUCCAUCCAGUCAACUCGCUCUUUUACAUGAGACAAGAUACCGACAACCCAUGGUGGAAACAAACGGCUAUUGACUUGUGGGAUAACCAGUUUUUAUUCUGGUCUAUCAUUGGAGGUUUUGUGUCGGUGUUCCCAGUUGUCUACAUUCCUGUCAUUAACGACAAGGUGUUCUUGCAUGGUCCCAUUGGAUACGAAUGGGGUGUGGCCAUAGGUUGUUCCGUUUUGUUCCUCUUGGGAGCUGAAGGUUGGAAGUGGAUUAAACGGAUCUACAAGCGCAAGAAGGCCAAGAAGGCCAAGAACCCUGAACAUGACUUGGAAAGAAACGACCCAUUCCAGAAGUAUGCUUCUUUCUCCAGAUCGAACACCAUGGACAAGACCGAUUACGUUGUGUAA